AUGUCCAUGCCCAUGUCAAAUAUCAACGACCACCUCCACCUUGGUGGAAAGGAAGACCCAGCUCUACCCCGCGAGCCAACGCGGGAUGAGGUCAAUGCCCUGAAACAAAAAUACGAAAAUGCAGGACAGGAGCAAGUGUUUGCCUUCUUCGAUGAGCUGAAAUCUACCGAAAAAGCCCAACUCUUCCAGCAGCUUUCCAAGUUCGAUCCAAACCGCAUCAACGAGCUUGCCAACAAAGCACUCAACCCUGCUGCCGCCUCACAGGACGGUAAAAAAGCCACCCUCGAACCUCUACCAGAAUCUUCGACGGCAUCCAUGAUCGAUUCAGAUACCGAUUGUCUACCGCGAUUCUACGCAUCCGGGUUACAAUUGAUUGCCGCCAACAAGGUAGCCGUUGUGCUGAUGGCUGGCGGCCAGGGAACUCGGUUAGGCAGCGCUGCUCCAAAGGGUUGCUUUGAUAUUGGGCUGCCAAGCAAAAAGUCGCUUUUCCAGAUACAGGCGGAGAGAAUUAUAAAGCUGCAAAAAUUGGCCCGGGAGUCAUCUGGUAAAGAUAACGUGGUUAUUCCGUGGUAUGUAAUGACCAGUGGGCCAACUCGACAGCCAACCCAGUCGUUCUUUGAGGAGCAUAACUUCUUUGGCCUGGAUAAGAAAAACGUUAUAAUCUUUGAGCAAGGCGUGCUACCCUGCAUAUCUAACGAAGGCAAAAUAUUAAUGGAAAGCAAGUCAAAGGUCGCCGUGGCACCUGACGGUAAUGGUGGCAUAUACCAAGCGCUUUUAACGUGGGGCAUCCGAACAGACAUGAAGAAUAGAGGCAUCGAGCAUAUCCAUGCUUACUGCGUCGACAAUUGCCUUGUGAAGGUUGCCGACCCUAUCUUCCUCGGUUUUGCGGCAUCCAAGGGAGUUGACAUCGCUACUAAAGUCGUACGCAAGCGGAAUGCUACCGAGUCUGUCGGCCUGAUCCUGUUGAGAAAUGGAAAGCCAGAUGUUGUGGAAUACUCCGAAAUAGACAAGGAAACUGCUGAAGCCCAGGAUCCGAAACACCCUGAUGUCCUCAAGUUCCGUGCAGCGAAUAUUGUGAACCAUUACUACUCAUUCCAUUUCCUCGAAUCCAUCGAAGUCUGGGCACCCAACUUGCCACACCAUGUUGCUCGCAAGAAAAUCCCUUGCAUCGAUACUAAGACAGGGGAUGUCAUUAAACCCGAGAGACCCAAUGGGAUCAAAUUAGAACAGUUUGUUUUCGACGUAUUUCCAUUACUACCCCUUGACAAAUUUGCAUCCAUUGAAGUUAAGCGGGAAGAUGAAUUUUCGCCAUUGAAAAACGCUCGGGGCAAAGGGGAGGAUGACCCCGAUACCAGCAAGAGGGAUAUCAUGCGCCAGGGUGCGCGGUGGAUUCGAGCUGCAGGCGGCGUUGUCGAGGCUGAAUCGGAUGAAACGUCUGGCGUUGAAGUUUCUCCUCUGAUAAGCUACGCUGGAGAGGGACUGGACUUCCUGAAAGGUAGAACUAUCAAAGCACCAGCGGUAAUUGAACGCGAGACUGCAGGCGCUUGA